AUGUGGAGGAACUUGCUUAUACAGGCUAUAUAUCAAGUUACAGUCCUCCUUAUUUUUAACUUCUCUGGCAAGAUCGUUCUCAACUUGAAGAAUGAGCCGCAAGAACAUGCUAACAUGGUGAAGAAUACCGUGAUAUUUAAUGGAUUUGUUCUUUGUCAAAUAUUCAAUGAGUUCAAUGCUCGGAAACCAGAGGAGAUGAAUGUCUUUGAAGGGGUGACCAAAAACCACUUCUUCAUAGGCAUAGUGGGAACUACAUUUAUACUUCAGAUAAUCAUCAUCGAGUUCCUUGGAAAGUUCGCCACAACUGUUAAGCUGAGUUUGAAUCUAUGGCUAGUUUGCCUAGCCAUUGGCAUUUUCAGCUGGCCCCUUGCUGUUGUUGGAAAACUGAUUCCAGUUCCACAGACACCUCUAGCCAAGGUGUUCAUUAAGCCGUACCAGAGAUGUGUCGCAGCUCGUCGUAAUUCUAGUUAA